GGUUGCGAGGGUAGUCGCUGACGUCACCGCGGAGCUGCAGGAGAUGCUGAAGUGACAGCGAGAAGGAGAAAAGCGACGAUUUUUUUUAAAAACCAGCAUUAACAACAAUAAGCAAUUUAUUGGAACUUAAGCGCUCUUAAUUGUAAUUAAAAUUGAAGUGAUGGGGUUUUCACAGUGUCAGCGGUUGUAAGAAAAAGAUCGGCAGUGUUUACCACACCCGAUUCCCUCAUUCAGAGGGGUGAGACGGAGCAGCGAAGAGUGAGUGGUUGGCUGACCGGCGCCCCCUAGAGCCCAAUGCUGGGAUCUGAUCUGGACAGCGCCUAAGGCACAAGGUGACAGGAUGAGUGGGGGAGGGGAGCAGGUUGACAUCCUCACCGGCGGCAUCCUGGUCAAGGAGCGAUGGAAAGUGCUCAAGAAGAUUGGUGGUGGUGGGUUUGGAGAGAUCUACGAGGCUGUGGACCUGCUGACCCGCGAGAGCUUGGCUCUGAAAGUGGAGUCGGCACAGCAGCCUAAACAAGUCCUCAAGAUGGAGGUGGCCGUGCUGAAGAAGCUACAAGGUAAAGACCACGUGUGCCGGUUUAUUGGGUGCGGACGGAAUGACAGGUUUAACUACGUGGUCAUGGAGCUGCAGGGGAGAAACUUGGCAGACCUGCGGCGCAGCAUGUCCCGGGGCACCUUCACCAUCAGCACCACCCUGCGGCUCGGCCGACAGAUCCUGGAGUCCAUCGAGAGCAUCCACUCUGUGGGCUUCCUGCACAGAGACAUCAAACCGUCCAACUUCGCAAUGGGCCGUUUCCCCAGUACCUGCAGGAAGUGCUAUAUGCUGGACUUCGGUCUAGCUCGGCAGUUCACCAAUUCCAGCAUGGAAGUCAGACAGCCUCGACCUGUGGCUGGAUUCAGAGGCACGGUACGGUACGCAUCCGUCAACGCGCACAAAAACAAGGAGAUGGGUCGGCACGAUGAUCUCUGGUCGCUGUUCUACAUGCUGGUGGAAUUCAUGGUUGGACAGCUGCCUUGGCGGAAAAUAAAGGAUAAGGAACAAGUGGGGAAGCUGAAGGACACCUACGACCAUCGGCUCAUGCUGAAGCACCUUCCUCCUGAGUUCACCGUCUUCCUCGAUCACGUCCUCAGCUUGGACUACUUCACAAAGCCCGACUACACGCUGCUGAUGUCGGUGUUUGAAAACAGCAUGAAGACCUUCGGUGUGGUAGAGAAUGACCCUUACGACUGGGAGAGAACCGGGACUGACGGCACACUGACCAUCAGUGCCACCUCCAACACCCCCCAGCUGCACACCAGGCAGACCCCCGCAGCACUGGGGAUGGCAAAUGCCUCCCUGAUGCCUGGAGACCUGUUAAGGGAGAACACUGAUGAGGUGCUGCAGGACGAGCAGCUCAGUGACGGGGAGAACUGUCCAGAGAGACUGCCGGGCUCGCCAGGACACCAGCUCCGGAACCAGGAGCCAGAUGUGUGGGAAGAGCUGGACCGCAACCGCAACCGCAUCAGAGCCCCCGUCUGGAAGGCUGCCACAGAGGAGGAGCACAGUCAGAACCAGGGGAACAACAGCCCACACACGGGCCCCAGCAUGGGCUCUCCUGUCCGGGUGCGCUCGGACGCUGUGCAGUCAGACCGGGAAGCCCCCCUGCUGAGGAAGCUACGCUCCAUCCACAGCUUCGAGCUGGAGAGGAGGCUCACCCUGGAGCCCAAGCCCAGCACAGAGCGCUUCCUGGAGGCAUGCAGUUCUGGGAAGCCACAAGAAGCCCUGGAUAAGGAGGUAGUGGCAACACCUCUUCCCCAGCAGGGUGGAGCCACAGGCACAGGCCGCUCGGACAGGGUGUGGCAUUAUGACGAGGAGCUCCUGCCUGAAGGCACCAAGCUGGGCUCCCCUGUGUCCCAGGAGCAGGGUGAAGGAGCAGCCAGCAGUGGCUUUGUGGCCCUCAACCUGAGCUCUGGCCGGCAAGACGUGGACUCCCGAGAGUGGGUACUAGUGGACCGGGAGCAUGACCUUCAGGACUUCCGGGCCUCUGUACAGGGAGCCAAAGUAACCAGCAGCCCCUCAGACGAGGAGCCAGAGGUGCUGCAGCUGGCAGAGGGGUCCCCAUCCACAGAGCAGCCUGGAAAUGCCCCCAGAUCGGUGCAAGAGAGUGCAGAGGGGAAGGGCCACGCGGUGCCUUUACUUGGGCUCAGGACUGACCGGCUGGAGCUGAGCGUGGGAGGCCAGCUUCCACCCAUCACCCCCACUAGCCCUGCAGAGGCCCUGGCAGAGGGAGCCCUGACGCAGCUCCCCGCCUCUCAUCCUCCUCUUCCUGAGUACAGCCGGAUCUCAAGCCCCCUCCUCCGCUCCCCGAGUCCUCUAGCCAUCCUCUCCACUCUCUCGGACCCUCUGCACAAGAAAGCACCCAGCCUCCGCAAGAGCCACUCCGCCGACAUCCAGGCCUCCCGCACUGCCGUCCUCACCCGGUCCCCAGGCCACAGGAAGCUGCCCACCGUGCCGGGUGCCGCCAAGCUCCCCUCUGUCAUUCGCAUCUCUAGAGCUCAGCUACAGCAGCUCACUGCUCCCCGACAGUCCAUGCAGUCUGCUAGUGAGAGUGCGCCACAGUGCCUCCUGCUGGAGAGGAGGGAUGGAGACUGCCAGCUGAUGGAUAGUACAGCCGAGCUUGACUCUCCGCAGGAAAGGCCUGGGGAGAUGGCACUCCGAGGGACAGAGUCGGAAGGACAGAGUGCGGUGAAGGAUGAGGGAGCAGAGGAAUCAAGGCCAGAGGAAGCAGGAGAGGAGGGGGAGACGCUGCCCGCCCCCCUCCCUCUCGAGACGUCUGAAGACCAGCAAGUUCCCACAACUGAUUCACUGGGAGACCAGGAACUGAAGCCAAAGACUUCCAGCCCUGUGCCAAACCUCAUCUCAGCCAGCGCCUUCGCCAGUGGAAAUGUCUCAACACCUGCAAACAGCUCGCAAAGCCCAGUGCCCCAAAUCGGGGAGUACAGCACCUACCAGGAGCUGAUGGACCCUGAGAGUGACUCUGGGUACCCCGACAGAUCCACAGAACCACAUUUUCUCCGUAUUGCUCGGCCCGAUGGGAGCCUAGGGAAUUUGAAGAGGGUCCAGUCCCCAGCAGAAGACAUUCUCUGGAAGGAAAAUGGGGCUCAGGGUGCAGAGACAGCCCCAGACAUAUCCGCCACAAAUGAGGCAGCGACGGAGGGCAGAAGGGAUCCGGUUAGAAGGCUAAGCCGUAUCCCUGUUCUGGCGCCGGAGGUGGACCCUGUUCUGGAUUUGCUGACGGCCAUCUCUGCGAAAGAGAAGCUGUUGCAGAAGAAGGGUUAUCAGACAGAGUCCUGGCGGCCUCCACCAGACAAGAGGCAGGCAGCAGCCCUGAUGGGGGAGCAGUCAUCAGCCUCAGAGCGCUCCCAGGAUGAUCGGGCUCCGCUCUCUGACGAGGAGUCCUGCCUGGGCUCCCAGUCCGAGCUGCAGUCAAGCAGGCAGGGAGAGGAGCCUGGCUCUGUGUCUCCCUCCACCAGCCCUGUCUCCCGCAAGAGCAAGAUACCCCGGCCAGUGUCCAUCCCCAGCACUGAGCAGCUCGUCCCCAGCUCUGCACCUUUCCUGCCGCGCCCACCCCCUGGGAAACCCCCCAGCCGCUCCUCCAUCGACGGCAGGUUGCGCCGAUACCGGAUCCUGAGCAGCAGCAGCACCGAUUCGGACCUGUUCUCCUGCCUGGCUCAUAUCAUCCAGAACGGCAGCGCUCCCAAGAGCAGGGCCUCCACACAGUCCAAGAGCCCCGGCUCCCAGCGCAACACCAAAAUCCCUCCCAACAGCCCGUCCACCCCGCACCGGAGCACCAGCGCCUCCCCCCGCAGCUCCUCCCUGCAGCGCUCUCUCAGCUCCUCUCCAUCUCGCGGCGGCCGCAGCAGCUGCCUGGAGCAACGCAACGGAGGCCUGGGCUGCAACCGCUCCCCCCCCAGCUCCUCGGGCUCCCCCCCGCCCCGCCGAUCCUACCCCCAGGAGACCUGCUGUGGCAGGCAGGCCCGCUCUGCUCCUUCCACACCCCCCGUGCAAGAGUUCUAGUAGGAGAGUAAAGCCUCCAGUAAAGUGAGCAGAUAGUAACUUCUGAAGGCCUGGGUCCUG